AUGAAUCUAGAACAUUCAAAAUUUAAACAAAAAGUUUCAUCUCCAUUGAUCUGUCGUAUAUGUGGUGAUAUAGCACGUGGCCUAAAUUUUUCUGUUAUAUCAUGUAUGUCAUGUAAAAUGUUUUUUCGCCGACAUGCACAAUCAUCAUUAUUCAAACAACAAUGCCGUUUUGAUCAUAAAUGUAGUAUAACACGAAAAACACGAAAAUGUUGUUUACCAUGUCGAUUACAACGAUGUUUUCAAGCUGGAAUGGAUGUAAAAUUAAUUCGUCAUUCUCAUGAACGAAAGAGAACAAUUCAAUUAUCAAAGCCAAGGUCCCUUAGUCUUCUUGAUAAAGAUCGUUCGACAUUAACGUUAGAUGAAUGGAAUCUACUAUCGAAUAUAACUAAUGCAUAUGAUGAACAAAAUUUACUUAUACAAACAGAAGAUUUUUUUAAACAACAAUUUUCUUUACCACCUAAAAUUCGUUCUAAAGACUCGAAUACUCUUAAUUAUAUUGGAUCUUUAUUUUCAUCUAUACAUGUAUUUAUCAGACGUUGUCCUUUAUUUCAAUCUUUAUCUGUUAGUUUUCGUCAAGCACUAAUCAAGCGUAAUUUAAAUGCUGUUGGUGGUUUUAAUGCAUUUUUUCUUGCUACACAAAUGAAUAUAUUUGAAAAUGAAAUAUAUUCAAAAUUUAUAGAUAAUAUUUAUGGUUAUGGUUAUUCAAAGAGUGUUAUUCAAGCAAGUCGACGUUUACAACAAAAUGGAACAUUAAUCAAAAUAAUGUUAAUGCUUAUGUCAUUUUCAAGUAAUUGUGCUCUUGUUGAAAUAAAUUAUACUGAAAAUAUUCAAAUAAUAUUUAAUCCAAAAAUUUUAAUAGAAAUACAAGAUCUAAUUGUAACUAUGCUUUGGAAAUAUUUAAUUUAUCAAUAUGGUUUUAAUGAAGCUAUAAUAAGAUUUUUAUCAUUAAUUCAAAGUAUUUUGGAUAUGAUUCAAAGAAUGGCUGAUGGCUUAAAUGUACAAAAACAUUGGACUAUGGUUGGAAAUAUUGUUGACCAAACAAUACGUUCAUUAAGUUUGGAGAAUAGUUCAUCGUGA